ACUGAUAAAUCCCUCCCUCCCCCCCCUCCCUCCCCUCUAAACACAGACAAAAACAUGGCUUUGGAACUAUGGGAAACACUCAAAGAAGCCAUAACAGCAUACACAGGACUUUCACCAGCAACUUUCUUUACAGUUGCAGCUUUGGGGUUAGCUGUCUACUAUGUGGUAUCAGGUUUGUUUGGUGGGUCUGAUCAUCAUCAACAUGUUCCAAGACAAUCUGAAGAGCAGAUGCAGCCUUUACCUCCACCUGUUCAACUUGGUGAAGUCACUGAAGAAGAACUAAAACAGUAUGAUGGUACUGACUCUAAAAAGCCUUUGCUUAUGGCUAUUAAGGGUCAGAUCUAUGAUGUUUCUCAAAGCAGGAUGUUCUAUGGACCUGGUGGACCUUAUGCAUUGUUUGCUGGAAAGGAUGCUAGCAGAGCUCUAGCAAAGAUGUCUUUCGAAGAUAAAGAUUUAACUGGUGAUGUCUCUGGUCUUGGUCCAUUUGAAUUGGAGGCCUUGCAGGAUUGGGAAUACAAGUUCAUGAGUAAAUAUAUUAAGGUUGGAACAAUCAAGAAGACGGUUCCAGUAACUGAUGGAACCUCCACCAGUGAACCUGCUGCAGAGGCUACAGAAAGCGAUGUUACUAAGCCAGCUGAAGAUGUUCCAUCAGUUGCUGCACCUGUUGAAACUCCUGCUGGUGGUGAAUCCAAGGAAGAGUAAUCUUAUAUUUAUGGCGAAACAAUCUUUAAUGAAGAAAGAGCUGUUUGAACACAUGUUUUUGGCGAAUCUAGCCAUUUAUAUUAUGUAUUAGCUUACAUUUCUCAGUCUAGAAUACUCGUGCUAUAAACUUGCUCAAAUUUUCAGCCUGCUAUUUAAUAAAUUGGUCAUUUAAAGUGUGGA